GUCCAGCGUUAACAACAAAUCAGAAAACGAGCAAAACAUUGCCACCAUGAAGACUUUGAUUGUGUUCGCGCUCUUGAUAGCAGCCGUGGCGGCUCUGCCACAAUUCGGCUUUGGCCGCCCAGGAUUUGGUGGGCCAGGAUUUGGUGGUCCCGGAUUUGGUGGUCCCGGAUUUGGUGGUCCAGGAUUUGGUGGCGGGUAUGGCAGGCCUGGUUUCGGUGGUCCAGGAUUUGGCGGCGGUUAUGGCAGGCCAGGUUUUGGAGGACCAGGGUUUGGCGGCGGUUUCCCACGUGGUGGAGGCGGCGGUGGCGGUUCUGCUUCUGCCUCAUCCUCAGCAAGUUCGUCGGCAGCUGGUGGCGGCGGUGCUGCCUCCUCUUCAGCCUCUUCAUCAGCAUCAGGAGGCGGCAACUUCCGGGGCUGAUUACCUUGUCAACUGCCAAUGCGCUCCUUUUUGAGAUUCUAGUUAGUAAUUAUUUAAAUUAAAAUGCUUUAGGCUAAGUCAAAAAGUCUGAACAGAUUAAAAAACCAAUAUGAAAAUCCAAUUAAGUUUUCUACAUUUUUUUGGGCACUCCCUGCAGAUGCUGCAAAAAUGUCCGUUCGUAUCUUUUCAGUAACAAAAUAAGCAACUAUUGUGUGGAUUGCAUAAUAAUAUAUUCAUUUGCU